UCUCUCUCUGUGUUUAAGACACACUGCGUCUAGAGUAAGCGAACCACAAGCUUCGUUUUACAGACAACAACAACAAUGGCAGAACCAAAAACCAAAUAUGAUCGACAACUAAGGAUAUGGGGUGAGCAAGGACAGGCUGCUCUCGAGAAAGCUAGCAUAUGUUUGCUUAAUUGUGGUCCUACUGGCUCUGAAACCUUAAAAAAUCUUGUUCUCGGUGGGAUUGGAAGUAUCACUGUUAUUGAUGGUUCUAAAGUUGAAGAGGGUGACCUUGGAAAUAACUUUAUGGUGGAUGAAUCAAGUGUUGGGCAAUCAAAGGCAAAAUGUGUAUGUGCAUUUCUUCAAGAGCUAAAUGAUGCCGUUAAAGCCAAAUUUAUAGAAGAGCAUCCAACAGCAUUAAUUGAGACAAACCCAUCAUUCUUUUCUCAGUUUACCUUGGUAGUAGCCACGCAGCUGGUGGAGGACUCAAUGGUGAAGCUGGAUAGAAUCUGCCGGGAAGCAAAUGUUAUGUUGAUAUUUGCACGGUCCUAUGGCCUCACUGGGUUUGUUCGCAUCAGUGUGAAGGAGCAUACAGUGAUUGAAUCAAAGCCUGAUCAUUUUUUAGAUGAUCUUCGGCUAAACAAUCCAUGGCCUGAGCUCGGGAGGUUUGCAGAAACAAUUGAUCUAAACGUGACGGAUCCAGUUGUUCAUAAACACACACCGUAUGUUCUCAUUCUUGUCAAGAUGGCCGAGGAGUGGGCAAAAAGUCAUGGUGGAAGCCUUCCAUCAACCAGGGAAGAGAAAAAAGAUUUCAAGGAACUAAUUAAAGCAAGGAUGAUCUCAAUGGACGAAGACAACUAUAAAGAAGCCAUUGAUGCCUCAUUCAAAGUCUUUGCUCCUCGAGGAAUUAGUUCGAAUCUGCAACAGAUAAUUAAUGAUAACUGUUCUGAAGUUGAAUCUAAUUCGUCAGAUUUUUGGGUGAUGUUGGCAGCUUUAAAGGAGUUUGUCAAUAACGAAGGUGGUGGGGAGGUACCUCUUGAGGGAUCAAUACCAGAUAUGACAUCUUCUACUGAGUCAUAUGUAAACCUGCAGAAGAUCUACCAAGCCAAGGCCGAGGCUGAUUUUCUUGUUGUUGAGAAACGAGUAAAGAAUAUACUAAAGAAAAUUGGCAGAGAUCCAAAUAGCAUCUCAAAGACAAUCAUUAAAAGCUUCUGCAAAAAUGCAAGGAAGCUCAUGGUAUGCAGAUAUCGCCUCAUUGAGGAUGAGUUCAACUCCCCAAUCCAGUCAGAGCUACAAAAGUAUCUGACAGAUGAGGACUACAGUGUUGCUGUGGGGUUCUAUAUUCUGCUUCGAGCUGUUGACCGGUUUGCUGCGAACUACAACAGUUUCCCUGGACAAUUUGAUGGUGAGAUGGACGAGGAUAUAUCUCGAUUGAAAACGACAGCUGUUGGCCUACUUAGUGAUUUGGGUUGCAAUGGCUCGACCUUGACAGAGGACCUUAUCAAUGAGAUGUGCCGUUACGGUGCUGCAGAGCUCCAUGCUGUUGCUGCCUUAAUUGGGGGAAUUGCAUCUCAGGAAGUGAUCAAGCUCAUCACUAAACAAUUUGUUCCUAUGACCGGGACUUUCAUCUUCAAUGGAGUUGAUCACAAGUCGCAAUUAUUGUCCCUAUAGUGGGUACCGACUAUCGAAGUGUUUUGACAGUAACCGAUCACCUUCCCGGAAAAUGUUGUUCCGCUACCUGUUGCUACAGCGAUUGAAUGGAAGCGUAGUUUGGUUUUACCGAGUGGAUUUGACAGUUAAGUCAGAUGAGUGCCUGUGAUAUUUAAGUUUUUGUAUUUAUUCCGUCAAUUGGGAAAGGAAACACCACAAGAAAGCAACUUAAGUAAAUAUGAGUAGAGAAUUUGUGUAGGUCCAAAUAAUUUUUUUUCUUUCCAAAAACUGUUAAAGAGCAACAGUAGCAUAGAUUUGGAUCUAUCUUUUCAACUUUUGAAAGUUGUGUUUUCCUAUCUUCAGCCCCCAUUUCUUGAAGGAAGAACUACUACUCCAAGAACUUACCAAGAGUAUUUAUAAAAAAGAAAUUAUCCAAAUGAAAAGUUAUAAUGAUGUCACCUUCUUGAUUA